AUGCCGUUGCGCUUGGUGGUCUUCGAUUUCGACCAGACUUUGAGUGUGGUUCAUGUCUACAAUUCCAUAGCUGGUGGCAGAGAGGUGUGGCAACUACCUGCACCACAUGCCUGUAGCGAGGCAGGGCAGUUGGCUCGUAUUGUCGGCCUAGAUCGACACCCUCAGCUGCAGCAACAAGGUGGCUUUGCCAUGGCUGCCUUUGGUGGUGCAGAGCGUGUGCAACGCCUUGCAGGGAUGUUGGAGCAGCUUCGACAGGCUGGUGUUGAGUGCAUCAUUUGCUCCAGAGGUUUGGUGGGUCCCAUCCAAAAGCUCUUGGAUCAGCUGGGACUGCUGCGCUACUUCUCAGAGGUCUAUGGCAACAUCGGGGACGCUUAUGGCCAGACGAGACACGUGGAUGGCGUGAAAUGUGACCGGGCCUUGUUGGAAGCUGCUGAGCGAGUGGCCAGCAAUGGCCCCAUUGGUUUGGUUGAUGCCAUGGAUCUCUGGGACAAAGCAAAGGAUGGCAACAGGAUCACGGAAGUGGAGAGACAUACCUUGGGCUGGGUGGUUGAGCACCUGGAGUUCACGGAAAAGGGGAGGGCAUUUAUGGAGCAGCAGCUGCUAGAUGGAUCUUACUACACGAGCAUUGGACGCACCAAGUACAGCCGCGCAUUGCUGCAGCGGGCUGAAACAUUCUCUGCUGAGCAAAGCAUCUCACAACAACAGGCAGUGGAUCUUUGGCAAUUGGCCCUGGAUGGCGAACGUUUGGGCGACUGCGAGCGGCGCACGCUCCGGUACGUCCUACAGAAUUUGAAUGCAACCACUGGUGCAAGGAAAUUUCUGCUGGCUAAGCUGGACCCUGCCGUGACGCCGGACGAGUCUCAGCUGCCCAGAUCCAAAUCGUUGACAUCGCCCGCCGUCAGAUCCAGGGGUGCUCCCAUCCUCUCGGCUGAGUGGAUUUUGUCCUUUGUCGGCACCAUCGAUGGUGUGAAAUACGACCGACUUCUGUUGGAGACGGCUGAGAGUGCAGCGGCCAGAAAUUCUGGGCAACUGAGUCUUGCGGAUGUGGCAGCCAUUUGGGAUGAUGCCAGUGAUGGCAGUCUCACAGCCUUGGAGAAAGAGACGCUGUCCUAUGUCUUGGAGCAUUUCAACGUCUCCCAAAAGGCCAGCAGAUACCUCGAAUCCAAAUUGCAUCCCAGGAAACCUGGCGGUUUCUUCAAAACCGUGGACCGCGUGAAGUGCGACCGCGAACUCCUGGAGAAGGCCCAAGGCUUCGCAGAUGAGGGCAACAUCUCUGAGGAGCAGGCCAUGGAGUUGUGGGCUGAUGCUACUGAUGGCGGUCCCAUCAUUGAUUGUGAAGUGAGAAGUUUGCAGUACAUUUUGGAGAACCUGUCAGUCACGGUCGGCGCUGAGACGUAUUUACGGUCAGAGCUGAAGGCUGCAGCUGCAGAUGAAGUGGCCGAUGCCCCAGAUGUGGUCUCGCCCAACUUCACCCCACCAGCUGCUUCCGGAGCCUCGCCCCGUGCCUCAGCCUCCCGGCGUUCCGCAGCCUCCACAGUGCCGGAGACGGCUUCAGAGCUGGCCACGCCCAAGGCCAAGGCGAAGGCCAUGCCGCUGUCGCCCAAGGCCAGCCCCAAGGCCAGCCCCAAGGCCAGCCCCAAGGCAGCGGCAGUGAGUCCAAAGGUUUCGAGUCCAGCUCCUUCAGCUGCGGUUUCAGUUGCGUCCGUUGCUUCACCCAAGGCAACACCAAAAGCAGCCACCCCAAAGGUAGCCACUCCCAAGGCAAAGCCCAAGUCACCAGCGCCCAAAGCAGCAACGCCCAAAGCACCAGAAACGGCUUCCUCACCUACAGCACCUAAAACAAUCGCUUCCCCAGCACCAAAAGCAACAGCCUCCCCUCCAGCCCCAACUCCAGCAGCAUCUCCAGCUCCAACCCCAGCCCCGACCCCCGCAUCUUCAGCAUCUCCAGCUGCAUCUCCAGCAGCAUCUCCAGCCCCAAAGGCUGCACCUGAACCCAGACCGGCAAGUCCUGAAGCUCCAAGGACGAGAAUCAGAGAAAAGUCGCCGCCUCCACCAGCACCAGCUGCGCCGCAGCCCUCACCACCCAGGGAGCCAACUCCCAAGGCUGCAAGUGCAAAGAAGGCGGAGCCACAAGCUGAGCCAGCACAGAAGGCGCAAAGCCCUGCCAAAGAACAGGACCCGCUGGGUGCCUGCCUGCAACGCGAGCAGAGUGCCUCGAUGGCGCUGGAGAAGGCGAAAGCGGCCGAGCAGCGGCUGCCAGCCUUGGAGCAGGAGAUUGUGAAGCUUCAGAGUAGCUUCGAUAGGGCCACCGCAGCAGCCGACAAGGCCCGUGCGGCCGCGCAGUCAGCGCAGACGGCGGCGGAGAGGGCCGGGAAGGAGCAGCACAUUUUGGAACAAACGCUGCAGGCCAAGAAGCAGGAAGCAGGAGAAGCGGCCAAAGAGGCAGGUCAUAUGACGGUCAUAGGGCCAUAG